AUGCCUUACAACCCGCCCUUCUCUGCAUCCGACGCGCUUGACAAGCACCCUCUGCGUACCGGCCCUGCGGCCUCCUCACCUACGGCCUUAGAACACGCUCCUGAUCAGCCCAAUGUGGCAUUGACCCAGAACGAUGUUGCAAGAUUCCUCAAGGAUGAACUCAACACCGCAAUCUUGGACAGAAUGUAUCCGUGGUUAUGGCUCUGCACAGCCAUGGACAGCGCGCGCAUAGAUGCAUUGCAUAAACAGAUCAUCAAGCGGAGGACAAUCAUCGCGAGUGAAGACCCGGCUCUGCACUUAGUUUGGUACCGAAGCGACAUCUUCAUUAAACCGAUCCCGCCAGCCUUGCUCAACUACGAGUUCUGGAAGGAGUAUCUGAACGGGCAACCCCAACAGUUCGAUCGCCGGGUCGUUCUUGGUUUCCUGAGAUCCUACGGCUACCUGAUCCGGCAUCGCACAGACCUCAGGCUCGCAAUAAAGGAAGGCCUGGUUCCAGAGAACAUCGAUUGGUUGCAAUGGGAGCGCUUCAUUGCCCCCUUCCGCUUGCUGGAAGAUGACGAAGUUGGGCUCCGAUACCAUACUGGUCAGCUGCGCUUGAGCAGGCUCAACAUUCUCAUCCGAAUAUUGCGGCCUCGAGAGGAUGGAGAUGUGGGCACCAACCGACAUUAUCACCAGACACAAUGGUACACAGCUUCGUAUAUGCGGCAAUUCGCAGGACCUCUGCUGUUCAUCUUCGCCUCGGUGUCGUUGCUACUCUCAGCUAUGCAAGUCAUCCUGACCUUGCCCAGCGAUCCGCCAUGGCACACAUGGGUUGUGCAUUCUGCAAGCAUUGCCGAUGCUUUCUGGGGCUUUUCCGUUACCGUGCUCGUAGCGUUGGCCUUCAGCUGGCUCCUCUUGAUUGGUGGUCCAAUUGUGUAUCUGAUCGCGCAACAGCUGUUCGGAUAUCAGCAGAAGUGCAAGUUCCAGAAGCGUCUCGCCCCAUAG